CUCCAGAUCAGAGUCGAAUAUUCUAACUACCAGAGUAUCUGUUUACAACUUCUUGGUAUUUCCUUAAUAGACACCGUGGAAACCAAGACAAAAGUUAGCAGUGUGCUUUAGUGGAGGAUCGUUGGUUUGUGGAUGUUGGAAAUUCUUUUCGCGUGAUGAUUUUGUUCCAAUUUUGUUCACCACAUCUGUGGUACUGAUCCAACRGACACAAAUAUACCAAUGCAAGCUAAUUAAGUAGAGCGUGGUUUGGUUUGGUCAUUCAUGGCUUCAAAUGACAGCCUCAACCAUACUGUGUCUGAGGUUUAUUUGUCCUGGGUGAACAGUUGCAUUCAUGACAGCUCAUCUAAAAUUUCAAACCUGAAAGAAUCACUUAAAGAUGGCUGUGUUUUUUGUCAGUUAAUUGAGAAGACUACUGGCUGUGAUUCUUUGUUUGCCAGCAAAGAGCAGGAAUCAAGUAGCAAUAAUKUGAAGUACCACUCAACAAUAGACCAGGCUAUUAACUAUAUGCAAGAAAGAGGAAUUGAGAUUACUGAAAGUGAUACUUAUAUCAAAGAUAUUGCAUCUGGUGAUCUUAAAGCAAUCCUAGACUUGUUGUGGCUUAUCAUACUUAACUUUGAUAUCCACAGUCAUAAUCGAGCAGCCUAUCAGCGUUCAGUAAGCAUGGGUAAGAGAUUCUUAUUGGAAUGGUUUGCAAGAGAACUUCCUGAUGUGAACCUGGAACCCAAGGGAAACUUCGUUGAAUGCUUCCAGAAUGGUGUUCUUCUUUCACGACUUAUUUCAAAGUACUGUUCUGUUACUAACACUGCCGACAGCCAAAUCAAGUCUCCAGAUAAUAACGUUCUCAAAGGACUUUUAGAGGCUGCAGACUCCCAGUUGGGUGUUCCAAGUUGUAUCUUAAGUGUCUCCGACGACCCUCAAGAACCUUGUAGAACAGCAAACCAAAUCGCAUGAAGCCAUUCAGGCUCUCCAGGCAAAACUCCAAGCCGUCAACUACCAACCUCUCACGCCAAAACCGAACAAGCAUCCAUUACCAAGGGCUGGGAAUCAAGAAAUGCCUCCCGUAUUUGGUUUGAGCUGUCAGAGCAAAGUGAUGUCGAGUGAUGACACAUCUAGAAGGAUUGAUUGCAACGAGAAUGAACUGAAUUCUAGUGUAGUAAACAGUGGAAAAAGCGACGAUAAUAUUAAGUCUAUCUACGGUACUGUUGAUAAGCAUAUUCUGGAAUCAAUGUUAGAUACUGUUCAAGGAUAUAUGCUACAAAGCGGCCCACAAAAUAAAUCGUGGUUAAACGGCGAGGAAGCCAAAGCAACAGACUCGUUAACAGAGAAACAGGAUUCAAAUUCUUCGCCUUCAGUUUCUUCCAAGACCGAAGAAUCCUCAGAAACGUCCAUGCCCGUGCAGGUCAAUGGUUCUGAUGUUGCUCAACUCGAGAAACAGGAAACCAAAGACAAAUAUAAGGCAUCUGAAUCAAUGGAAAAUGGCCACGAAGUUGACGUCAUCGAUUCCGAAGUCGACGAAGCAAAGCCUUCACACGCUGAUAAACGCUUAAACAGUCUGGCUGGAGGCGAAGUACAGCAAGAAAGCACCAAGGAAAUAGCGAAUCAGUCGACUCCAAAAUCUGAAAAACAAGUAACUUUUUCUGGACUUGACGCUGUAUUUGCUCUACCUAAAGACUCGAGUUCACCGAACGAGUUGAGUAGGACCGAGUUUCCUUGUACGACUGGUUGUGCAGCUGAAGUUGUCGAUGAUAUGGGAAAUGUUUUAGAUUUAGUUGAGAUUAAAAAGGCUGGCUUCGACUAUCCUAUUUCCUCAAAAGAAACUGUAACAUGGGCUUCUUGUGGGGAAGGACUAAAUGACAAUGACGAAGCUAACGAAUCGACUGGGUCAAUAAGUUUUGAUGAUGAAAAUGAUCAGUUCAUGAUGUACUUGAACUCAAUCGAGCAAACGGCUCUGAAGUUUAAACUCCAAGUUGAGCAAGCAAAAAUUGAUACCUUACAGAUACUGAAAAGGAGACUUGAACAGGCUUAUGAAGGAACACCUCUUGAGGAAAUUCCCGCCAAAGUCCAUGAGAAACUCCAAGAAACAAUUGCUCAAAUAGCGACAGAAGAAGUCAAGAAAUACGAAUCGGUUCUCCACGUGGAUGCACAAGAUGAAUUUGACGACGACGAAUGUGGGAUUCUUAAGCAAAUGAGAGCAGAAUUAGACGCUCUUGCUGCGGAAAACUUCACACUCAGUCAAGAAUUAGAAGCGUGCAAACGCUACGAGCAGGAAUACCAUACGUUACAAGGAAAAAUCGAAGGAAUGGAAGACGGCUUGACAACAAUGAAGCACGAUUACGCCACGAAAAAUGGAGAAAGUGAGUUCUUGGGAAAGAGGAUAGAAGUGUUGGAACAAGAAAUGGUGUCAAUGCGCGUUGAAUAUGAAGAACAAAUUCGAGAACUACAAAAUGAAAACCUUGAGUUGCAAAAAGAGUGUCUGGAACUUGACGACGAAAAUCGUACACUUGAGGACGAGUUGAAGAAAAUCCAAGUUAGUUUGACAGAAAAAACAUAUGAAGCUGAUAUUUACGAAAGUCGACUUGACGAUAACCUAGCGGAAAAAAUUACAGCAGCUGAGCUGGAGGCUUUAGAAAUACGAGUCAAUGAACUAGAAAGACACAACAAAGCGAUGAAAGCCAGCAGCGAGGCUGAUCAUGCUGUUGUAAUAUGCUUAGAAAAGAAGGUUGAAGACCUGGAAAGUAGUUUGUUGGAAGCAAAAACCGCGAACAGCAAUCUACUGACGGAGCUACACGAAUCGCAGCGACAACAAGCAACGGAUCGUGCUAAGUUAAGUAGCUACAAAGACGAACUCGAGGCGCUGAGACGCGAAAACAAAGUUCUGAAAUGCAGUCUUGAAAGCUCUGAAAAUGAAGUUCAGUAUCAGAGGAGGAAAAAUGAGCAAUCAAGGACACCAGUUACAAAGACUCGUUCGCCAGGGAGUCUGGGUAAUAAGAGAGAAAUAUGGAACGAAAUAAGAGAAUUGGAAACGAUAUUAAAAGAUGUACAAAAAGAGAAAAAGACAAUUGAAAGAAAAUAUCAAGCUUUUCGAAAAGAUAGUUGUGAUCCGAACGCCUCAACGAAUUCCUCCAACGCCUCAAUAUUAGAAAACAGUCAAUCCACGAACCCAGGCUCUCCGAACAGUACCUUGAGAAGAACGCCUGACACAACACCAAGAUCUAGAAAGACGACCUCACUAUUGGACAGAGUGAAUAAUCUGUUAGAUAAGUCGAGUCUUCCUAAUGGUACAAGAACUGACGGGAUAACCAGCACGCAUGCCAAUCGCGUGAGUGCAACUCUGAGUCGAGAUGCUGGUAGUAGCCCGAGUAAUGAGGUGUUAACUAGCCGAUCUAGUGCGUCACUUGGUAGAACCCCAGUGAAUAAUGGAUUGUCUGAAGAGCUGAUGUCUCUUCGUAAACACGUUGGUAGCCUAGAAGCAGAGAAGGCUUCAAUCAUUCGUGAGCUGAAUACCAUAAGAACACCAACCAAAGACGAGAACAGCCCGCAAUCAUGAGCGUCUUGGAAUACGUCUGCUUUAAGAACACUGCUUUCUCUAGACCAGCAAAUCAUUGGUCAGCAGUGAAUGAAUAAGACAAGUCACUGAAAUGAUUUUACCAAACAAAAUGGACGUUUUGUAUAUCGAAAAUUGGAGAUUUCGUACUAGAUGCUCUCUUAUAAUGGAAAAUUAGAGAGGAAACGUCAUCUAAGAACAAUACUUUUCUAUUGUGGAAAGACAUUUUUCUAUCAGAAAUAUUUUUAUAUCGAGAUUUCAGGAUUUAUCACAAAUUUAAAGAAGCAUGCUCUAGCUAGUAAUAUUGACUAUAGAAGCAAGUACUUAAUAUAAAAGUCUAUGAGUUGUCACAAGUAUUAGUACACUGAAUUGAAAUAUGGCGACCAAUUUAAAUAACUAUUGUUCUGCACUGAGUAGCGACUGACUAGCCUCUCAUACAAGUGAAAACGCUUUGAUGUUUUCAAGUGAACACGAGACUAGUCAGUCGCUGUCAGUGCCGAACAAUAGUUAUUUAAAUUGGUCGCCAUAUUUUGAUUUGACGUAUAGCGCUCAAGUUAAGGAGUAAAAGAACAUUUCUUGUUAUGAUUUAAAAGGAAAACGUGCAAAAACGCACACAUUUGCGUUAGAAGUUACUCGAAAUAUGCUCGACUGAAUUAUAUGUAAGGAGCCGCCAUCUUGCAUUCACCGGAAGUGCGGCUUCACCAAAAUAUCCUUAAGUAUUACUAUAUAUGGCUAUUUGAAUGAACUAUAUAGUUUAAAAUAACGAUGCAAAAUAUGUAUUAAUUAUUAGAGAUGCAUUAAUUCAUUUAUAUGCAAACAUAUUUAACAGUGUAUCAGACUAGGAAGUCUAAUAUAUUUACCAGUUUCCA